AUGACCACGGACCAGCCCAGUGGUGAACCUCCCAUCAUCCGAGAUCUGAGAAACUCUAAAGGCCAUGGCUUCGAGUGCAUGGUGUUUGACGGUCUCUACAUGCCGCCGUCUUUGGUGAAGGGAGAAACUCCUGAAACGACCCUUGAGAGCAUCAGAGACAUUGAACUUUAUGACGAUGACGUCAUCAUCUGCGCGUUUCCAAAGCACUCACUGGGUGUGGAAGUCGUUGAGAUGCUACGAAGUGGGGUCAUUGAGUACAGGAAGCAAGUUAAGGAAACUCAGGAGUUUGAACUUAUAUACAAAGAAGGUGUAGACGCACUGCCGGCACCGCGAACCCUGAACACUCACUUAUAUCUGCGCAUGCUCCCCAAACAGGUCGUGGAGAAGAAGAUUAAGUGUAUCCAGAUCAUGCGCAAUCCUAAAGAUGCCUGUGUGUCUUUCUUCAACCAAUACAGAUAUACCCUUGCACCUGUCGGCUUUGAAGGAGACCUGGGAGAGUUUACAGAAAUAUAUUUGUCGGGCCAAAUGUUUUUCGGAUCCUACUCCGACUACCUCCUGACAUGGAAAGCAGAAUUGGACAGAUCUCCAGGACAACCUGUACUGGAGUUGGUGUACGAGGACAUGAAACUUGACCCUGUCAAGAGUGUGAAAGACAUCGCUAGAUUUCUAGGCCUGGCAGUUACAGACCAGUUCUGUGAAGAAGUUGCACAUGCAUGUUCCUUUAAGAAGAUGAGACAAGUAGACAAGGACCUGAAAGAGGAGUACGAUAUGAUCAAGUUUUGGAAAGAGGGGGACCGUUGGUUAUUACAGAAAAGGGGAAGUAGGAGACUGGAAAAACUGGUACACUGUGGCUGAAAGCGAAAAGUUCGACCGGAUAUGGAAUGAAAAAAUGAAGGAUUCCGGGAUCACAUUCACAUAUUCAUUAUAAUCUUAAUGAAUCCCCGCAGAAUUUCCAAUAUUUUAUUUAGCAUUUACAGAACGUCCCAUACUAUCUUACAAGCUUAUACUCAGGGAAGAGAUGACAUUUGCCAUACAUGUACAACUGAAAUGGCUAUCUUGUUAUGUUAACAGUUCACAACAACUUCUGCCUCAGGGCUACC